AUGUUCAGCAAAGCUGUGCAGCAGUACUCGUACUCUGGAAUAAAUGCCCCACCAGCAGCUGGGAAGAAGCAGCAGCAACCUCUCCAAACAAGACCCUCUCCUCCCAACUUGCAGAAGCCUUCGGGAACAACCAAGCGAAAAUUCGAAAGAACCAUCAGCAAUACUGGCAGCCUCGGAGCUUUGCAUGGCUCGACCCAGUUCUUGAAUGAGAACGACUUUGACGACGAUGCUGCAAUUGACCUUACCGUCAAUGGCCCAGCGGUUACAUAUCCAACCCUCCCUAAAGUGAGCCCCGAGAUAAUCUACCCGUCUUUACCUUCGCAACCGACAGACACGAAUCGCCCACCGUCGAGCAGUGCUCCAGUUCCCUGGUCAUCAUCGCCACCUGAGCAUCACCAUCCCCACCCACCGAGCAAGCGAAGGACUGUGCCCUGGCUCGACAAGCAGGGAAACGACAAGUCGCUCGCUCCCUUUCCCUCAAAGAAACCUGAUGGCUCACCAUAUCCCUGGAACAAGACGGCUUCGGCUAUGAAAGCGGAGCAGAGAGAAUUGCGCAAGAUCAACAACUCUCGUGCUACAACUUCGAAGCAGGGCGAUAUGCCGGAUGAGAAGCCCGCAGCUGUUACUGCUUUGCCCAAGAUUUUCUUGAGUGAGGAACAAAAGGCUAUCUUGACUGCUGUGGUGGAUGAAGGAAAGAGCAUUUUCUUUACGGGCUCAGCAGGCACAGGUAAAUCAGUCUUGAUGAGAUCAAUCAUCAACAAACUGCGAAAUAAAUACAACAAGGAGCCCGAUCGACUGGCGGUAACAGCCUCCACGGGACUCGCUGCUGUCAAUAUCGACGGGACUACCCUACAUAGCUUCGCUGGUAUUGGCCUAGGGAAAGAGCCAGCCACGGAGUUGCUGAAGAAGAUUCGGAGAACACCGAAAACAAGACAAAGAUGGAUACGGACGAAGGUACUAAUCAUUGAUGAAGUCUCCAUGAUCGACGGUGAUCUGUUUGACAAGCUGGAACAAGUGGCUCGUAUAAUACGGAACAAUGGUUCGCCGUUUGGUGGAAUUCAGCUUGUUGUCACGGGAGAUUUCUUUCAACUGCCCCCGGUGCCCGAAAAAGACCGUGCGGCAAAGUUUUCUUUCGAUGCUGCAACAUGGAAUACCUGCAUUGAGCACACCAUUCUCCUAACACAUGUCUUUCGUCAGAAGGACGCUACAUUUGCCGAAAUGCUCAACCAGAUGAGACUGGGACGCUUAACGCCAGCAUCGAUCAGAGCGUUCCAGAGUCUCUCACGGCCUCUCAACUUCACCGACAAUCUCGAGGCUACCGAACUAUUCCCCACGCGUGCCGAAGUCGAUUACGCAAACAACAACAAGAUGAAAAUGCUGUCCGGCGAAACCAUGACCUACACCGCCGAAGAUAGCGGUGUGAUGGACCUCGCUGUGCGCGAAAGAAUCUUGAAAUACUUCAUGGCGCCCAAAGAACUCCAGUUGAAAAAGGGCGCGCAAGUAAUGCUGAUCAAGAAUUUCGACCAAAAUCUCGUCAACGGCUCUCUCGGCAAAGUUGUCCGCUUCUCUGACCUCGAAAUGUUCGCCUACUCCAAAGAGCACGCCGAAGAAUUUGACGCUGCCUACCGCGACGGCCGAUCGCCAGAUGACGCCCAAUUCCGCAAGAUGCGCGAGAAGAUCCACGCUGCCGUCUACAAGAACGGAACUUCAGGCCGCGGGAAACUGUUUCCCGUCGUGUGUUUUCAACUAUCGGACGGCAGCUUCCGCGAAAUCAUCGUGCAGCCGGAAGAAUGGAAAUCCGAACUACCCAAUGGCGAGAUCCAGGCCAAACGCCAGCAGAUCCCGCUCAUUCUCGCUUGGGCGCUGUCGAUCCACAAGGCGCAGGGACAGACGCUGGAGCGGGUCAAGGUGGAUCUGGGAAGGGUGUUUGAGAAGGGCCAGGCGUACGUGGCGUUGAGCCGGGCUACCACGCAGCAGGGCCUGCAGGUGACGAGGUUCGAUGCUAAGAAGGUGAUGGUGCAUCCCAAGGUCGUCACCUUCUAUGAUCAACUGGUCAGCAUUUCGCAUGUACAGGGAAAGAAGGGCGAGAGGGUUCAAGGCCUUUCGGCGAGCGAGUAUGAGAAGGGAUCUGUGGAGGGGCGGGAGGAAGAGUAUGACGACGACGAUGAGGCCGAGAGGCUCAUGCAGGAGUUUGCCUAG